AUGAAGAUGAGCGGUGAGAGUGGCAGUCCGGUAUUGGACAGCAUCACAAUACGCGUGGUCCACCUUGCGGGCAACACCAAGUCCUUCCAUCACUCCUUCAUCAGUGUCUCUGUAUUCCAUGCGGGACUCUUCUCGCCCGCGCACUGUGCGUUCCCUCGCUUGAACGUGAAUGCUCUGGCACUGAACCGCACACAACGACCUUUGCAACCAACUCCAGGCGUUUGCCAGCACCUGGCAAGCGUACCAGACGAUAUCCGCUGCCGAGCCAGGGUUGGCUACCGAGCAUCUCUAGACACCAGAUCACCGAAUACUCGCCUGCCGAAAGGCUUGAGAAGUCGCCGCCGUACCCUCAUCACCGAAACUGAGCGCGUCAGAAUCCUGCCAGGCGCCGCCCAAGACGCCGCAUUUGUCACGUGGUUAGAUGAGCAACAACAACGACAACAACGACAACAACAACAACAACAACAAGAACAACAUCUGGAGGAGAUUCUCGGCCGUCACGACCUCGUGCUCGGCAACUCCAAUCUGGGAAAAGCCAUGCAACCUUCGGGCACGCAAGCGCGCUCUCGCUUGCUAGAGCUACCAGCAGAGCUGCGUGAGCAAAUCUGGAUGCACGCUGUGACUGAAUGGACUGCUGCAUCACACGAACAUGACGAGACAGCUGAUGUAGGACCGAAUGCGCAUGGUCGGUUGCAGCGCAAACAGUUGACGAAAAGGCCUAUCAGGAUGGACCGCCUCAACCGCCCGCCUCCUCCACCCAUAACUAGAGUGUCUCAUCAGCUGCGCAGCGAAACUUUACAUCUGUACUACCAAUGCAAUGUCUUCGAGUGUUGGAGACCACUGUUUUGGCUAAAGAACUGGAACCAAAGCACCUUCGUCGAUUGGCUGGUCUCGCUUGGCCCAGAGAAGACCAAGUGGCUCCAGCACAUCGUGCUCCUGUACAAGCGUGAGGGGGAACUAGAGCACGACGUUCAGAGCGCGCUUGCUGAGGAUGGGUUUGUGCUUGGAGAGGACGCUAUCGAAGAGAAGCAGGAGCUAAGCGAGUACGAGAUGUGCUUUGAGGAGCUCGGUCUGCCUAGGCACUUUGCAUGCUACGCGAUUGACUAUGAUCCAACCUCGACAACACCCUGCAAUCCAAACGGGCCUUUUCUGAUGAACAACUUGGAUAUGGAAGUGGUCCCGAGGACAGAAGUCUGUCUUCGCUUGGUGCGCAAAAGUCAGGUUACCCGACAUGAGAUUAUCACAGGCUUGCGAAACGGUCUCCACCUCCACGCGACUAGAAGCUCUUUGGCUUCGCUCACCAUCAUCUUGAGUGAGGGGCCCGACAUGAGAUGAACCUCUACACGAUCGACCGCGCAUACGGCAGUCAUGGUUCAUUUGCACUGCCACCGUUCCUUCAUUACUCGUCCAUUGUGCAAACUCGGUUUAGAGCCUCGCUGGAGGAGAUCACUAGCAGGGCACACGCAGCGGCCUCACAGAACGAGACAACGCCGGCGCAUUAGCAAACGGGAUGUUCCGGAUCUCAGUGACCCUCGACUCCCCUGUACGAGAACGAGGACAGAAACAUCAACAUCUUCUGUUCGCUCGAGGUCCUUGCAAUCUCGAUAUCUGUAUACUAAAUGAGAACACCAACCUCGUUGU